UAGAAAGAAGAAGAACAGAAACCGCAAGUCGCUUGUCGCUGUGUUUUGGCUUGGUUCGUGCGUGUUCUUUCAAAUCUUGUUACCGACUGACGUCACCUGAAUCAUGGCGGUCCAAGUUUCAGAGUCUGACCAGAUAAAACAGUUUAAGGAGUUUCUGGGAACAUACAACAAGCUCACUGAGAGCUGCUUCAUGGACUGCGUGAGAGACUUCACUACUCGGGAGGUGAAGCCAGAGGAGAGCAGUUGUUCAGAGUCAUGCUUACAGAAGUAUCUGAAGAUGACUCAGAGGAUCUCCAUGCGUUUCCAAGAGUACCACAUCCAGCAGAACGAGGCUCUGGCUGCCAAAGCCGGACUACUGGGGCAGCCUCGUUGAGUCCAUCUUACGUCGAUGCACAAAGAAUCCCAGUGGACUGGAAGAACAUGAACUGGUUCUGCUAGUUAACAUUUCACCCUGUGUGGAUAUACACACACACCACCUUAUGUUUGCUAAAAUGCUAAUAAUUG